CCGGCCCAUCUAAUCAAAGCUAGGGUUUACAUCCCUUAUAAGAUCUCGUCUUCCAUCCACGCCUCCGUCCCUCGCACUUCCUCCGGCGGCGGCAACCCGACGACCAACCGCGCCACCCUGCCGCGGCAGCCAUGGUGCAUGUUAGCUUCUACCGCAACUAUGGGAAGACUUUCAAGAAGCCAAGGCGUCCGUAUGAGAAGGAGCGACUAGAUGCUGAGCUGAAGCUGGUUGGUGAGUAUGGCCUGCGCUGCAAGCGUGAGCUGUGGCGCGUGCAGUAUGCCCUGAGCCGUAUCAGAAAUGCAGCCAGGGAGCUUCUCACUCUGGAUGAGAAGAACCCACGCCGUAUCUUUGAGGGUGAGGCGCUCCUCCGCCGCAUGAACCGAUAUGGUCUCCUUGGUGAGGGACAGAACAAGCUCGAUUACGUGCUUGCCCUUACUGUUGAGAACUUCCUCCAGCGCCGCCUCCAGACCAUUGUCUUCAAGAAUGGCAUGGCCAAGUCCAUCCACCAUGCUCGUGUCCUGAUCAGGCAGCGCCACAUCAGGGUGGGAAGGCAGCUCGUCAACAUCCCCUCGUUCAUGGUCAGGGUCGAAUCAGAGAAGCACAUUGACUUCUCCCUCACCAGCCCUCUGGGUGGCGGUCCAGCUGGAAGGGUGAAGCGGAAGAACCAGAAGAAGGCCUCAGGCGGUGGCGAUGAUGGUGAGGACGACGAUGAGUAAUGCCAUGUAGGAUCCUGCGACAGCAAUUGGUUGAAAUGUGAGAUGGACACUUUAGGUGUCGUGGCUAAAUUUUUGUGGUCUUGAAUUCAGAAAUCCUACUAUGGUAGACAAUUUUGCACCGCACUACUGACACUCUUAAUUUCAAGCAUUGGCAUCGUAUCUGGACACCAUGAAUUGUGUAUUCUAGUUUCGGUGGCUAUUUGCUCGUUUGGCAUCCUAUGUUUAAAACUGAAUGUCUGAAUCAAAUUGGUAUUCCAACUUUUCGUUCUCA